AUAAAUAGAUAAAUUAACCUUUUUACUGUUGUUAAUCUUUCUCACCCUGAUUAAUGCCUUUUUCCCGCGACGAUCGCGAUCUUCCGUUGCCGUUACCUGAUUAUCCCCGUCACCGUCGUUCUCUUCUACCCGUUACUUUCUCCGUUUCUCUCAGUUUUCCUCUCGGUUUCACGCUCCACCCAGCCGUCACCGGCGAAUUUCUGCUAAUGGAUUGGGACGAGAAUUUACCGGUGAAAUCGAUGGCGAGAACCACCGGCCUGGAAUCACCACCUCCGCCGCCUCCGAACAAAAGGAGACGCCUUAGAUCCAAUCGCAGUGAAGAUCGCUUCAAUUUCUUGUUUGAGCAAUCCGUGAGAUUUGCGGAACAACUGCUAAGAAGUAAUAGCGAAGACGAAGAAGCGCUUUGGCUGAAAAAGAUGAAGAUCCUGCAAUCUAUGCGCUAAUUCUGCAAUGCUAUGGUGCUAUCCUGCUCUGCAGAUUAUUUUUGAGAACCAGUCGUGAGAAUUUGAUUCGUGCAUCAGGAAUUCGCUGUUCUGUUGUUGUAACACAAGAGGGUGACUGAGGACACAACCAGGGGAGUUUUAAUUUUACGUUUGAUGAAUCAACCCAUAAAUUUUGGUUGCUAAAAAUUGAUCAGUGAUUGUAAAAAUUCAAACUUUUUGGUGUAUGCAGACACUGUCCUGUUGCAACUAACAGGUAUUGAUCAUUGAUGCAUCUGUGUUCCAGGGGUUGUGUUGUGACAUCAAACUGAGGCAGUGUAGUUGUAGAGAUUUUAACACUCACAAAGAUUUCACUCUUUCUCUGGACUUUGACAUGUUUCCAAUUGCUCUGCUCCGACCUGUGCCCCUCAACUCUUUCUCAUGCUUGCUGUUGUUAGUAUUUUAUUACCUCUUAAAUUUUUUGUUGACAGAUCAAAGCUAGCAGAGGAGUUACUGAUUAUCAUUGCCCACUUGACCUGGGAGAGAAGUCAUGGUCAUCAUGCCACAGCAUCUCGUUGGUACUGGUUGGGAGGAGAAGCUGUAACAUCAGACUUUAUUAUUCUUGACCUCUAAGUCACUUUUUGGCUUGAAGUUACUGUAAAAUUUGUCAUUUCAAUUGAAGGAGCAAGAAAAAGGUUACUUUGCUAAGUUUAUUUGGUCUCUUUUGGUGUGACUUCUCACUGUUAGUUGUGUAUUGCGGGAGACUAUUUUGGGAAUAAAAUGCAUUUUCCUCU